AUAGUGGGACCCUACUAAAAGUAAAAUAAGCAACCUUGCAUUGGAGCAAAAUCAACAUAGAUUGCUUAUGAAUUGCUUAAAUCUUAUGUGGCAGCUUGGACCCACCAAAAUAGUGUUUAAGCAACUCAACUAACAACCUUGCAUUGGAGAUGCUCUAAGGAGAUCAAUUCCUUGUAGUAAGAAGCAAAGAUGCAUUUGCCCAGCUGUAGAUUGGAGGCGAGAACUAAAGCCUCUCUCAAAGCAUUUGCCUCAGCUGCGAGAGGAGAAAUAGCAAAGAAGCUAUUGGCAUGGGUCAGGAUUUGGGCUCCACUCUCAUCAUUGACAAUGACUCCUAGUGUUCCCCUGCAGGAAGAGUUGCUAAAAGCAGCAUCCAUAUUUAUCCUUAUGUAUCCAGUAAGGGAGAGAUUUUCGUUUGCUCUUGACUGCGGGUCUCUAUGGCUUCCACCAUUCAUGGCACUGUUCAGAUCCGGUGCACGUCCUGAGGUGGAAGAAACCAUGGUGCUUGACUCCUCGAUGUGUGAGUUAAUCUUCAUGGCCACAACUCCUGGAGCAGGUUGUCUUCUCUGGAAGUAACAAUCAUUUCUCUCUUUCCAUGAUCCCCAGAGAGUGUGAACUAGUAUCAUCAUUCCAAGCUGGAAAAAAUCUUUAUUUGUCUCUAGGAUCUUGAUCUCUCCCAGCAGCCAACCUUUGAAAGAGGAGGAAGCACCUAGAGCAGAAGGAUUUAGCUGGAUUUGGGACGCAAACCAAACUGGUCUGGUCCAUUCACAAUCGAGUAGCGCAUGAGUAAUAGAUUCUUCAUCCUGACCACAGAAGUUGCAAGUUGGGUCGGGGGAAAUCCUUCUUCUGUACAGGGCAGCCUUCACAGGUAGAGCAUCUGAGCAGGCCUUUCAUAAGAACAUCUUUAUCUUUUGUGGGACUUGUACAUUCCAAAUAUAAAUCCAGAUCGAGGAAUCAUCCGGAGCAGAAGGUUGGGAGGGAGGAGUAUCAGGGUGAGCUAUUUCCUGAGCAAUUUGGUACCCUGACUUCACUAAGUAUUGACCAUCCUUAGAGUGAGGCCAGCCAAAGACGUCCUCUCCAUAAGUGUCUUGUUAAUUAAUAGAGGGGAGGUCAGUGCAAUAAUGAUCAACCUCAGGAGGAGCUCUGGCGGUUUUGGGUUAGGCUGGUUAAAAAAAUAUAAUGGGCCUUAGAGGCUGACACUGAGUUAAAAAAAAACUGGUGCAUGUUAAAAAAAGCCAGUUGACAAAAAAAUCCAUUUCCGUUUCUAUCUCAGAUUCUUUGAUGCAAAUAAAAAAAAAAUCUCAGUCAAACGAAAAACCUAGCCUUCGUAAUUCGGAACCACCAAGCCGCACGGUGUCUGUGAUUAAAACCACCACCACCGGCACCGGAGAGUACUGACAUCGCCGUCGCCGCCUCCGCCCUAAACUCUGUAAGCCUCUUCUCGUUAGUUUCCGUUACGUGUUUUCACCAUUAUUGAACAGUUGAUAGAAAUGCUCGCAGCUCGAAAACUCUCCCCUUCGAAGCUUAAGCCACUCUUUUACUUAUCACUCCUUUCUGAGUGCAAAAACGAUGCCAAGUCAAGCAUCUUCUCGAUCUUACCAUGCUCGAAAAUCCAUUUCCAAAGCUUCCCAGAGUUUAGGUCUUUUUCUUCACAGCCUGCAGAAUCAGCUCUGAAGCAAAAGUUGAUCCUAUCUCGUGAGGGUAAUUAUGAUGAAGGAACAUCGCAAUCUCUUCAUGUUUGUCCUGGUUGUGGGGUUUAUAUGCAGGAUUGUAAUGCAAAACACCCUGGUUAUUUUGUUAAACCCUCUGAGAAAGACAUGAAUUAUAGAUUGCACAACCAUCUUGAAGCGGUUGCGCACGAGCCUGAGUUCUCGAAUUCGGUUAAAAAGGGACUUGUUAUCGAACCGGAAAAGCUUAAUGAUGAUGAUUUGAAAGUGAUAAAGAAGCCGGAGAAGCCGGUGGUGUGCGCACGAUGCCAUUCGUUGCGGCAUUAUGGGAAGGUGAAGGAUCCGACCGUGGAAAACUUGCUUCCGGAUUUUGAUUUCGAUCAUACUGUUGGGAGGAAGUUGGCGUCCGCGACGGGGGCUCGUUCGGUGGUGCUUAUGGUUGUGGAUGCGGCGGAUUUUGAUGGGUCGUUUCCGAGGAAGGUUGCAAAAUUGGUUUCGCAGACGAUUGAGGAUAAUUCUGCUGCGUGGAAGAAGGGUAAGUCUGGGAAUGUACCUAGAGUGGUACUUGUUGUGACGAAGAUUGACUUGUUACCUAGCUCAUUGUCACCAACAAGACUUGAGCACUGGAUUAGGCAGAGAGCAAGAGAGGGUGGGAUUAAUAAGAUUACUAGCUUGCACAUGGUGAGUUCUUUGAGAGAUUGGGGACUGAUGAAUCUUAUAGAUGAUAUAAUUAAAUUGGCUGGACCUAGAGGUAACGUGUGGGCUGUUGGGGCGCAGAACGCUGGAAAGAGUACACUGAUAAAUUCUAUAGGGAACUAUGUUGAAGGGAAGGUUACACAUCUUACAGAAGCACCUGUUCCAGGGACUACACUGGGCAUUGUUAGGGUGGAAGGUGUUCUUCCAAGUCAGGCAAAGUUAUUUGAUACACCCGGCCUUCUUAAUCCUCACCAAAUUACAACAAGGUUGACGAGGGAAGAGCAAAAGCUUGUUCACGUGAGCAAGGAGUUGAAACCUAGGACAUACAGAAUUAAGGCUGGUCAUUCGAUUCACAUAGCCGGUCUAAUGAGACUGGAUAUCGAAGAAACGUCUCUGGAUACUAUUUAUGUCACAGUGUGGGCAUCUCCUUAUCUUCCCCUGCACAUGGGUAAAGUAGAAAAUGCAGAUAAAAUGUUUCAAGACCAUUUUGGACGCCAGUUACAGCCACCAAUCGGGAAAGAACGAGUUCAAGAACUGGGGAAUUGGGCGAGAAGGGAAUUUCGUGUUAGUGGGAACAGUUGGGACUCGAGUUCUGUAGACAUAGCUGCUGCAGGGCUUGGUUGGUUUGCCAUUGGACUUAAAGGAGAUGCAGUGUUAGGUGUUUGGACUUAUGAAGGAGUUGAUGUUGUUCUUCGCAAUUCUUUAAUACCCUACAGAUCACAUACUUUUGAAGAUACAGGAUUUACAGUAUCCAAGAUAGUGUCGCACUCUGACCGAGCUAUGAACAAGUCACAUCAACGAAACGAGAAAAAGGCAAAGGCAAUUGAGUCGGAAGUAGUUGUGAACACCUAAUUUUGUUAAAUAACAAUAAGUGUACGAGUGUUAGUUGAUGUUUUUGUCCAGUUUUGUUUAAUGUACGGUUUGUAUGAGCAUCCUUCUUACCUUUGACGCUCGUUUUUCCAGAAGCUCCAAUAUAUUGAUUCCAGAAAACACGCCUGGAAACGCGUAUAUAAAUGAACUCUUAGUCAUCUCCACUGACUUUUGAGUUUUGAUGGAGGCUUCGUGAUAGAUUGAUGGUGGUGUUUGAAAGAAAGCAAAUUGAAUUGAAUUGCCAUUUAGUUUUUUCUCAA